UGCUCGUCACGCAACUUACGCUCCACUAGCAAGAUGUGAGGGCAUGAAGCUAACGCACGAGGAUAAAAGUAAGAUAAAUAUAACGCUACGAAUACAAAAAUCAGUUUAUCUAUUAUAAAAUAUCGGGUUUGACACGUGGUCGAACACAUUAGUGUUGUUUGCGUUGAUUUAAUUACAGUUUGCUCGCGGUCGCAUGUCAUUAAAGAUAGGCUAGCUAGGUUAGUCAGUAGAUCUGUUAUUCGCUUAUGUCAAGUUGUUUAUGUAGUAGAUGACUACUAAAUCGCCUCAUAACAUGAGCCGAGAAUACGAAAAGUGAUAUUAUUCAGCCCUUGUGCGUUGCAGCUGUUCACCAAAACCUGUCGUUGCAUAUUUUGCAAGAUAACAGCUAGUGCAUGUCAACUUGACAUUGGGUUGCACUUGUUGUAUGGGUCCAGUUACCACAUGGGAGUUGAUCUGUAUAACAAAGCGUUGUUUUAGCUAAAUUAGGGCUUUAAAGUGCUCUUCAACGUCUAAUCUAGAUAUCAUCGACCCUUGGUUCUAGAUAAAAUGUUCCCCUCCGUCCAGCAUCGCCCAGUGUGCAGCAUAGGGGCCAGAGCUGUCCGACUGCAAAGCAUAAACACUUUUAGUAAUAGCGGUGCAAAAAGUUGUAAAUCGUUUAGUUUUUCGUGGGUGGGUGAGCGCGUGGGCCUGCUGAUGUCAUGGCUUCAGAAAGCAGGAAGGGGAACCAACAAACUGGCCUCCGACAACAAGAAGGAGAAACUGUUGUCUAUAUUCGCCAACCAUUGUAGUUUUGUAACAGGCCAGAGGCUUAGAAGGGCCUUUCAGAUAGGAGAGCUGUACUCAAACCUGUACUCCGAAAGAAGCAGGUGGACGCUCGUGGGCAGCAUAUGGCGGCGCCUGCAAAGCAAACACGCCCCUACUGGAAAACUCAUAGCGGCUCUGGCUGGAGUCUUCAUGUGGGAAGACGAGAAGAUUCGGGAUGAUGAGCUGAGAAGGUGUGCAUGGGAGCUUCAGGCCGUGGAGUCGGUGAGGAGCCAAAAUGUGAGCCCAAAGGUGGCUGCACAUGUGGAUCAGGGCUGGGAAGUGGUCAUGGAGAAGAAAAAUUUCAGAGUAUGGCGGAGACCAGUCGAGGGCAGUCAUCUUUUUGAAUACAGAGUGUUUGGUUCCUAUACAGACGUCACUCCUCGACAGUUCUUCAAUGUACAGUUGGACACUGAGUACAGGAAGAAGUGGGAUGCACUGGUUAUCAAGCUGGACGUGGUGGACCGGGAUGUCAACACAGGCACUGAGGUCGUUCAUUGGGCCACACAUUUUCCAUAUCCCAUGUACUCCAGAGAUUAUGUCUAUGUGCGCCGAUAUCAAGUCGACCUGGAGAACAACUUGAUGAUCUUAGUCUCAAGAGCUGUGAAACACCCCUGUGUCCCGGAGACCCAGGAAUAUGUCAGAGUGCAUUCAUACCAGUCAAAGAUGGUCAUCCGGCCACACCGCUCAUUUGAUGAGAAUGGCUUUGACUACCUGCUGACAUACAGCGAUGACCCCCAGACAGUCUUCCCUCGCUACUGCGUCAGCUGGAUGGUGUCCAGUGGCAUGCCAGAUUUCCUGGAGAAGCUUCACACUGCUGCUCUCAGAGCUAAAAACAUGGACGUCAAUGUGCACGAUUACGUCAAUGUUGUAAAACCUUCUCAACCCUCCCAAGAACAACGACUAGGAGCUGAAAACACUCACACUUCUGGUCCAAGUCAGAUCUAUGCCUGAGCGUCUGCUAAAAUGACCCACAACAGGACAGUUUUUCUUACCGGGUCAUUAUUGUAGCCACAAAGAAAUCAGAACCGUUUAUUCCCAAGGUUUCAUCAUUGCCAUUUGAACAAUCCUGCAGUAGCUGUCAUACCGCACGCUCGCAUCUUUCAUUUUUGUGCUGUUAGUUUGCUUCCUCUUUCUGUAGAGAGCAUCUAAGCCAAACUGCUAAGAUGAGCCAAAACAUUGCUGUUUAUUAAUUGCAGACGCUCCUGCCAAAGCAGUAUUUCACUCUCCUUUUCUUUACAUCAUCAGAAUCGAUCAUGCAAACGCCCUUCCAGCUUCAAGUUCAGGAAGUUGUUUGCAGCUUAAACUGUGAUGAACUGCUCCUCAUUUACCGUGUGAAUGUUCACUGCCAGCAAAAAAGCCCAAACAGCCUUCACAGGAUCACCGAAAAACCUCUUCUGGAAAUGAAAGAGGUUAGUCUUACGCCAACCGCAACAUCCUCACCAACAGGCUCAGCUUGCGUUCUCUAGGGCUGUUAAUUCUCAAACUACGCUCAACUCCUGGCGGAAUCAAUAUCGCACAGAAAGCUGAAGGAAAGUCUGCAAGUCAGCAUAUAAAUGGGAUUUUGCGCAGGUACAAAUAUUUCUGUUGUUUUUUGAGAUUGGAACUCAAGUUUAACGGGAUUGUCUGUAUUAUACAUGUUUAUACGUCAAAUAAGUGGAUUAAUGCAGUCAAACUUGCCUAAAAACCUCACCUAAAUAUGAAAAUCUGCUGUUUAUCUUGUUUUGCUCUCAGGCUAUCCAGUUUUACUUUCUUCUUCAGAACAUUAAGGAUGAUUUUCAGCUGAAACUACAGUCCUUGCUGAUUCAUAAAAUGAACGUCAAUGGCUGCAAGCACUUUAUUAGUUCAAAAAAUAUAUAUAUCUGCAGAUCAUGAUGAUGCAUUGUGGUCUUAUGAAAUGAAAUAAUCGAUCUGUGCAAGAAGCUGUUCAUCUAAAAAUCUUUUUCAGUGCUCGGCUUAUUAAAGACAUAAGUCUACUGCAUUUCGGAUGACCUGAGGGUGGGUAAAUUUCUAGCAAAUUUUCAUUUUUGGGCAAACCAUCACUUUAAUGCCACAUUCUAACCUGAUCCAGGUCUCCGUCCCAUCUUUAGAGCAUUCACACUUUAUUUCUCAUGCCACACGCCAGGGAGGUUGCUGCAGUAUUUUUAGGGAAUGCAAAGGAAUGUGCGUGUCGACCUUUGUUUUGCUUGGUUUCUAUGUUAUAACAUUAAAAAUGAAAGCAGAUCUAUUCUAUAUGGUGGUCAGGAUUUAUAUGGUGGCUGCCUCCAUAUGCUCUUCUAUAAUAUCCAGAUGUCCUCUGUUUCAGUUAGGAUAGCACUUGAUCUUUCAUGCGGGGUACUAGAGUUGCAUAGGAAUUGCUGCACUUGGAAUAUGAAAGGUCCCAAAGGUUAUGUUGAUUAUGACAUUCAUGUAACCGACUACGUGACUUACUGCAUUUGAAUAUCUAAAGUUGUAACAAAAAGAUCAGUGUCUUGUUCACUCCUAUUUUCGUUAAUUAUUAAUCCCCCUUUUGUUUGUAGUAUGUCUUUUCUUUCGUUUAGUUGUAAUAUUGUUUUGUCAUUCUGUUGAGAAAAGCUUAAAUGUGUUUGUGAAUGUUUAAAACCUGGAAAACACUGCACUGUUUACAUCAGUUUCUGAUUAUUGACUACAAACUGCUCUGUUAUGGAUGAUAUUCAUAGUUUUCUAUGAUUAUUUACACCUCAGUUGCAUGUUGUCGAUUACCACGGUAAAUCAUUUCAGUUUUCAUAUUCAUGACUCCGUUUAUAAAUAAAUAUUGCAUGUCAGAUUUGUUUUGUUUUUAAUUAUUGAGGUACUAGCUGAAAUGAUAAAGCAUAACUACACUUUUACAAAUAACUUUGAUAGCCCGCCAAACAUCACAGCAUUUAUUUUUAGGUGAAUUUUCUGGCACUUCUGAAAUGGUUAUGCACAUUGUAUGUUUUCAGUCAUCAUGUUCAAAUCUCAGAUAUUCAUUCGUGCACUCAAGAGUGUGUUUUCUUGGCGUUUGACAAACACUCAGCUUAUGAUUUGAGUCAAAGCAUCUUGUAAUAAAACAACUCAUGUUUACUCGAUCAUUUUCACAGUUUUCUAAUAUCUGAACUAGAACUGUUCUAUUGUAGCCUCAAGUGAAAAUGUGUGUGAAUGAGUGAGAGCCAGAAGCAUGAGGGUUUAAUUGGGGCUGUGAUAAGACCAUGAUCUACCUAAUUCAUUAUCUGGUGACAAUAAAAUGAUUUGAAAUACUU